GCCCUGUUAGGAAGGAAGAAGGACGAGAGGAUGGGGCGAGUGGGUGGCGAGCAAGGCGGUUAGGGCUGGCGAAUGACCCGAAGCCCGUCUCCGGCCACGGAGCUGGGCGUCACGGGGGGCGGGCCGCCCGCCCCCCUCCUAAGACGGUGCCUUUCUGCACGUUGACAGUCCGGAGCCCGGCUUGAUGAGGGCGGGCGGGGCCGCUCCGGCAACUGCCCCCGCUGCGGGAAAACAGCAAAAAGCGCGGCCGGAGAAAAGGCGUUAUUUUUGCGUCCCUGAAAGGGACCCAAGCGGUCCCCUUGCGCAAGGCCGCAUUUCCGCCUUAGCCAUCGGCCGACCGAAGGGCCGGGCCGGUCCGCAAGGCAGGUAGGAAGGCGGCGGCCCGGGCCGGGCCUCCCGCGCCGUCUCGUCGGCCGCCGUGGCGGCCGUGCUGCCGGGGCCCAUGGAGGACGGGGCCCGGGGCCCGGGGUCCCUGCUCGUGUCGCCCGCGGGUCUCCGGCGGCCGGUCCCCCGGGCGGCCCCGAGGAGCCUCAGCUGCCUCGCCGAGCUGGACCGGGACGGGGCCCGGGACCUGCCCGUCCGGGAGCCGGAGGUCGGGGAGGGGCGGCGGCGGGCGGCGGGGCCUCCCGACUUGCGGCCCAUCAUGCGGCGGCGGGCCCGCUCCCUGCCCAGCUCGCCGGAGCGCCGCAAAAAGGCGGCGGGCGGCGCGGGGCCCCGCUGCCGGGCGGGCUGCAGCCGGCAGCACCGGGUGCGCUUCGCCGACGCCCUGGGGCUGGAGCUCACUCAGGUCAAGGUGUUCAACGCCGGCGACGACCCGGCCGUCCCCCUGCACGUCCUGUCUCGCCUGUCUCUCGACUCGGAUCUCUGCUGCGGCGGCGGCGGCGGCGGCGGCGGCGGCGGGGGCAGCAGCCCCGAGCUGGAGUUCACCAUGCGGUGUCUGGUCCCGGAUUUCCCCCAGCCGGCGGACGAGGACGACUUCUUCGACCGGUUGCGCAGGGACAAGGUCCGCCUGGAGCGGGUGACCAGCUCCGACCUGGGCAUCAGCGGCACGGUGCGGGUGCUCAACGUGGCCUUCGAGAAGCAGGUGAGCGUCCGCUACACCUUCAACCGCUGGCGGGCCCAGCUGGAGGCGGCGGCCCGCUGGAGGAGCAGCGCCGGCGAGGCCGAUCUCUUCUCCUUCUGCUUCCCCGUGCCCCCCUUCCUGCUCCCCGGCCUCGGCUCCGCCGUCCAGUUCGCCGUGCGCUACCGGGUCGGGGAGGACGAGUACUGGGACAACAACGGAGGGAGGGACUACAGCCUCGUCUGCCGCAGCCACCCUCUCCGGAUGCCCAGGGAGUGCGAGGAGAGCUGGAUCCACUUCAUCUGAGCCCGCCGGCGGAGACGGGCCUCCCCCCGGGCCUCCGGUGGAGCUCCCCUCUCGGGGGGGGGGGACAUCGGGGUGGGAAGCCGAAGCCAUUUCCCCAAUGAAAUGACCUAAGCGCUUAGUACAGUGCUCUGCACCCAGGAAGCGCUCAAUAAACACCGGCCAGAGGGGCGAGGGCCC